AUGCUGCUCACCAACCGAAUGCGAGGCGCAUGUCGCCUCGCCGCAGGCAACAGCAGCAUUGUUGGGCGAGCUUGUGGAAGGGUUACGGCAAGCCGCUCGUACGCAGGCAAAGGCGCUUUUGGCUUCCUCCCUCCUCCGGCGCUCACGAUUGAGGACUACACGCCAGAAGAGCUCGCAAAUCGCAACGCUAACGCGCCCCUGCUGCGGUACGUCGACAAUGUCCGCCGGCAUGCGCACCGCGCAGCGCUCAUCGACCCGCUCGACCUGAUGCCGCGCGAAGAUACGGUACGCGCGCUCAGUGUUGAACGGUACGGCCUCCUGGAGUCGAAGCAAGGCCAUGCCGAGAGGUACGACACGUCAGGGAUCCUACGCAUGCCGCCAGUCUUCGCUGAUUCCGAAGCUCAGGCCGGUACCGGCAUGCGGAGUAUCGCCGAGAUCACCGAGUGGCUGCGGAAAGUCUAUGUGGACAAGCUCUCCGUCGAGUUCAUGCACACGGGCAUGAAAGGCGUGCGUAACUACAUCAUGGACCUGUUUGAGGACGUCAACACGCACGCACCGCUCAGCAAAGACGAGAAGCGGAGAUGCCUGGAACUGAUGACAAGAAGCGAGGUACUCGAUCGCUUCUUGGCGCAACGCUUCCCAAAUGUUAAGAGGUAUGGAAAUGAAGGUGCCGAGAGCACGCUGCCAGCUCUGGAUAUGCUUUUCCGAAAGAGCGCAGAAGCCGGCAUCUCCUCUGUCGUGCUCUGCAUGCCCCAUCGCGGCCGUCUGUCUCUACUAACCGAGCUGCUCGGCAUGCCGCUGCCAUCGCUUUUCCAUAAGAUGCGCGGCGGAUCUGAAAUCCCGACCGUGGAUUCGAUGACGGGGCAUGAACUGGCUGGCGCAACGGCUGAUGUGCUUUCGCACCUCGUGCACGAGCCGACGCUGCGAUACGGCGACAAGGACAUCAAGAUCUGCAUGCUGCAGAACCCGUCGCAUCUGGAGGCCGUCAACCCCGUCGCCAUGGGUAAGGCGCGGGCACGGCAGACGUUCGGGAAGCUCAGCGCUUCCGACAGCGACAAAGGCGUCGCGCGACUCGGCGACGAUGUCCUCUGUGUCCAGAUCCACGGCGAUGCAGCUAUGUCGGGGCAGGGCAUUGUGAUGGAGUCGCUCGGCCUUUCCGAGCUACCGCACUACAACGUCGGCGGGUCGAUCCAUCUGGUCGUCAACAACAAUAUUGGCUACACGACACCGAGCACUGCAGCGCGCAGCUCGCUCUACGCGUCGGACAUCGCCAAGAUGAUUGGUGCACCCGUGCUGCAUGUCAACGGAGACCAUCCCGAGGAGGUUGUCAAGGCCAUCAAGAUCGCGGUGCAGAUGCGCAUGCGGUUCAGGCGCGAUGUCAUCGUGGAUCUGAUUACGUACAGGCGGUGGGGACACAAUGAGUUGGACGAACCACGCUUCACGCAGCCAAAGAUGUACGAGAAGAUUGCGUCGAGGGCAAGCGUCCCGGAGGCCUACGAACAUCGUUUGCUUUCGGAAAGCAUCCUCAGCGCCGACGAGGCCUCUACGCUACGCCUAAAGCGGGUAGGCGAGAUGGAAGCGGCUCUCGCCGAGACGGAUCAGUACGAUCCGACAGCGGACCACCUGCAAGGGAAGUGGAGCGUAUGCGUCUGGCCGACCAGUACGGACGCUGUACAUGAGCCAGAGACGGGUCUAGAGCCGGACGUGGCGAGGAGCAUCGGCGAGGCAUCUGUUGCAGUGCCGGACGGCUUCAAUCUGCACUCUCGGCUUAACAGGCAUAUCAAGCAACGAGUGGAGAGCCUCAAAGAAGGAAAGGGCAUCAAUUGGGCGACAGCCGAGGCGAUCGCUUUCGGUAGUUUGCUCUCCGAAGGCACCCACAUUAGAUUGAGUGGAGAAGAUGUGCAACGCGGAACCUUCUCGCAGCGUCACGCUGCGUUAGUGGAUCAGAAGACUGAAUCGAUCCACGUACCACUGAAUCUUGCGGACCUUGCUGCAAGCUCGACUGCAAAGCCACCACAAGGCAGACUAGAGCUGGCCAACUCAUCUCUCAGCGAAGAGGCUGUUCUAGGCUUCGAAGUCGGGGUCAGCUGGGAUAGGCCGGAUGUUCUGCCGAUAUGGGAGGCCCAGUUUGGCGACUUCUUUAAUGGCGCGCAAGUCAUCAUCGACACCUUCAUCGCUGGUGGUGAAGCAAAGUGGCUCAAGCAAUCCGCGCUCACGCUUCUUCUGCCGCACGGCUUCGAUGGCGCGGGCCCAGAACAUUCGUCCUGCCGCAUUGAGCGCUUCCUGCAGCUGUGUAACGACCCCUUCGAGCCACCGGGUCACGUAGUAGGCUCGUCGUCGCUCCCUUACUCUCCUUCCUUGCCUUUCAUCAACCCCACAACACCAGCGCAGUACUUCCAUGCUCUGCGCCGGCAGAUGAAACGCAAUUACCGCAAGCCAUUGAUCAUCGCGGCACCCAAGGGCCUGCUGCGCUCGCCCCACGCAGCGUCGACACUUCAGGACUUUGCCCCCGGUACACGUUUCCAGUCCGUGCUCGACGAUCCGCGCUUCUCUGCAGACGCAAGCCAGGUCGAGAAGAUGGUGCUCUGCUCAGGCAAGCACUACUAUACGCUCGUCGAGCAGCGUGCAGCGAUGAAGCUUGACGAGCAUGUCGCGCUUGUGCGACUGGAGGAGCUCAGCCCCUUCCCCUUCGAACAGCUCCGGUCAGUCCUGGGACGCUACAAGCAUCUUUUCGCUGCUGCUUCCGAAGUUGGCUCGAACGCCUCAGGUCCGCAUAUCGUCUGGGCGCAAGAGGAGCCGCGCAACCAAGGCGCCUGGGUGCACGUCUCGUUGCGCUUGCAAGCCCUGCUGGAUGAGGUAGGUGCCAGCGGCCUCAGGCUUGCAUACCGCGGCCGUAAGGAGUGCGCUGUUCCCGCUGUCGGAGUGAGCAAAUGGCACAAGAAGGAGGUAGAGGAAAUGAUGGCGGACGUGUUUAAAUAA